AUGGGGGGGUGUUUAAGCCUCGGGGCCAAAGCGUGUGGUGAGCGCAGUGGUGUCGGUGGGCGGAAUGCUCUUUUUUGUGUUGCUGGUGGGUCCGGAAACGGACCUGGUGGACAACCCCCUUGCUCCAACCCUCUCCCCCCUUAUUUCACACCUCCACCACCGCCCUCUCGUCCCUUUUCCCCUCUUCUACAGGCCUCGGGGCCAAAGCGUGUGGUGAGCGCGGUGGUGUCGGUGGGGGGGAUGCUUUUCUUUGCGUUGCUGGUGGGUCUGGCAACGGAUCUGGUGGCGAGCAAGGUUGAUCAGCUGGAGCAGGGCAACGGAGCGGUCAUCGAGAGCAACCACACUCUCGUGUGUGGCUGGACCCCCAAGACCAUUCCCCUGGUGAAGGCUCUGGUGGAAGCGGGGGAGCGGCCGUCAGUGGUGGUGCUGGCAGAGAGGGAGAGUGUGGAUAUGGAUGGAGACUUGCUGGAGGCUGUACCGGUUGAAGAGCGAGGAGGGAUGCGGGUCAUGACUCGUCGUGGUGACCCCUUGAAAGCAGCUGAUCUCAACCGCUGCUCUGCCUCCCAGGCCGCCUCCAUUGUCAUUCUCUCGCCGCAGCUACCGUCGCGUCAGCAGGCGGAUGCUCAG